AUUACAUGUAUUAUUUUACUCUAUUAUUAGUAAAAGGAUACAUAAGCACAUUUACAUUGAAGAAGAUGAGAUUAAUGAUUUAACCAGAGUUGAACAGUCAUAUCUUAAAUUAGUUUGAUCUAAAUAUUCAAAAACAUUUAACCUACUGAUGCCUCAAUUAAUGUAAUUUUUAUUGAUAUCUGUUUAUAUUUUAGAAAUUUAGCACCCUCGGCUUAUACUGGAGUCAAUGUUUUCCCAGUUUUUUUGUGGUAAAAUUAGGUGCCUCGGCUUAUAUUCGAGUCAGCUUAUACUCGAGUAUAUACGGUAUGUAUACUUAACAAAUAAUAAGGCACACCUUCUUCUUGCCAGGAUAAAAAGAAAUAAACAUAUGCUUCCAGUCCCCACCUUGAAUGUUUGUUAAGUCAUUCCCAGGCUCUUUUUGUCCAAAGCUACAACUCUGGUUUUCCUUUUCUAGCUGAUGCAGAGUUCUGGUCCUGUUCCUUCAUUGAAGGGAUUAUUGAUAGCAUAUACCUUAAUCAGAUGGUAAAGAUUUCUUAAAUCACUCUUGAACCUGAUACAUAAUCUGCUUCUACAGAUUCUGCAUCCAUAGAUUCAACCAUCCAUAGCAUGAAAUUAUUUUAACCUCCAUAUAGCUAACCUUGAUUUUGUCAUUUUAUAUGUGAUACAUCAUUUUAUUACACUGAUAUAUAUAUACAAUGUGACUUGAGCAUCGACAGAUUUUGUUAUCAAUGUGGGAUCCUAGAAACAAACACCAGUGGAUACCUAGGACCCACUGAAUGAACAAGAAGCUUCUACAAAUCAAAAGUAUGUUUGUUGAAAUGUGCACGGUUUAUACAAUUAGCUUGUUAGGGGGCUGUUUUGGCUUAUUUUCUAACACUGAAAAAUAAAUACAAAUACAGUAGAGUCUCAGUUAUCCAACAUAAACUGGCCGGCAGAACGUUGGAUAAGCGAAUAUGUUGGAUAAUAAGGAGAGAUUAAGAAAAAGCCUAUUAAACAUCAAAAUAGGUUAUGAUUUUACAAAUUAAAUAUCAAAACAUCAUGUUAUACAACCAAUUUGACAGAAAAAAUAGUUCAUUACACAUUAAUGCUAUGUAUUAAUUACUGUAUUUACUGUAUUUACUAAUUUAGCACCAAAAUAUCAUGGGGCUGUGGCGCAGACGGGAGAGCAAUGAGUCACUGACCAGGAGGUCAUAAGUUCGAGGCUCGCUCGGAGCUAUGUUUGUUUGUCUUUGUCCUGUGUUAAAAAGGCAUUGAAUGUUUGCCUAAUAUGUGUAAUGUGAUCCGCCCUGAGUCCCCUUCAGGGUGAGAAGGGCGAAAUAUAAAUGAUGUAAAUAAAUAAAUAAGUAAAUAAAUAAUGAUAUAUUGAAAACAUUGACUACAAAAAUACGUUGGAUAAUCCAGAAUGUUGGAUAAGUGAGACUCUACUGUAUAUUUUAAAGGUGAAAAUGGUUUACUUCUUUGGUGAGCCAAAAGUUCAACUACAUUUUUACUAUUACUAAAAAUGAUUCUCUGUUUCUGAUAUAUUUUUAUUUUUUUACAUAUCAUAGGAUUAACGAGAUCCAUUCUGGGUAGGCAUACCAUAGAAAGCAAAAUGCAAGUCGAAAGGACUGUAUCUAGAAAUGACCACACCACCUUCUGUAAACUAUUUCUAAGUUUUUGCAUUUAAAGAAUGUAGUAUUCUCUUGGUAAAAGACUCCCUCCACAGUUAUGACGUUGUUAGAAGAUAUAAUUGAAGGAAGAGGAUUCUUCCAAUAGAUAAUAGAAAACCAAAGGGUCAGAGGCUUGUCUAUUUCUUCCCUCUAUUUUCUCCCCAAAGCUUGUAGGGGUUGAUGGAAACUCUGGUAUCUUCACUGCCCUUGCAUAGACUGCAUGGAGCCUGCUGGCCAUACAAAUCCCAUCUGUAGCAGGGCCCACUUGAAUUAAAUAUUUGUACUGGACAGACUGAAAGAAAGAAAGUGCUGGUAUUAAUGACGAGGAAAUGACCUUGGGAGCUUUAAAAAGCCCACGGUUCCUCCAGCUACAAACAUAAAUCACUAUAUGUCCACCCCUAAACUAUAGUGAAAAGAGUAUUAUCAAGUUUCAGUUUGGAUUUAUAGUUACCCUUUAAAAGCAGCUUCCUUCCUUGUAUUGUUGAAGGCUUUCACAGCCGGAAUCACUGUGGUUUUGGGUGAUUUCCUGGCUUUAUGACUGUGUUCUAGCAGCAUUUUCUCCUGAUAUUUUGUCUGCAUCUGUGGCUGGCAGAGGAUCUGAUGGUAGUGAAAGAAGUGGAGCAUCUAUACCUGUGGAGCGUCCAGGGAUAAAUAAUUGUAAAGGGUGCAAUUAGCCAACUAGACUUAUGUAUGUUGCGUGAGAUCCACCCAUUAGGAUGUGAGUAACUGUCUGGAUGGGAUUUUUUUUUUCUUUUUGAACCUGCUAUAAUGCAUUUCUGAGCGCUUGAGCUGGAAACAAGGUAAGACAUUCUAUCCAUAUCUUUUUUUUUCUCCAUAGACUCUCAUGCUCUCUCUCCCCUCUUUCUAAUGAGUAUUUAAAAUCUUAAUGUCUUCAUGGUCCUCCAAAGAGCAACCUCCCCUAGUCCUUAUUCCAAACAAAAUGAAUACUAUUAAUUGGAAAAUCCACACCCUCGUGUUCAUCCCUGUCUUGUUUUUUGGAGUCCUGGUUUAGUUUUAACUGUUCUGAAAUGUUAUGAAGCAUCCUAGUUUGAUACUCAAUUUAGACUCCAGCUGAGGCUGAUGCAGAUCCCGGACAGCAAAUAUGGAAUAUACCCUGUUGUGCUCAUGCAACACUACGAAGUAGCUGGACUAAAUUUUCUAGGUUCUACAGCACAAUCCCAUGGCAUUUGAAGGCUAAACAUAUUUAUUUGCUGGGUUAGAUUAGGUUUUGCUAUUAUUCAUGGUUUCAUAAGUCAAGGAUCUUAUCACCUGCAGAUACAGAGUUCAUACCAUACUCAGAAGUCCUUUUUCCCCAAAGUUCAUAACAUGUGUAAAUUGGACUUUAGAUGCCUGCUCUUAAUCCUCUCCCACAAUAUUUCAUCAUAUAUUGUAUAUAUAUCAAAGUAAAUCUGAAAAAAGAGAACAGGGGAAAUCAUAUUUUAUGCACACACGUGAUUUCACUUGUUUUCUUGAGAAAGCAAUGGAGUAGCUAGGAAACUGAAAGGUGAAUUAAAGCUACAAAAUAAUGGAGCCUAGAUUUAUAAUUCCCCAAUGUUCUGUUGGAAUUAGAAUUAGAGUUAAGACUUUUGGAGCAUCUUCUUUCCUUGUUGCUAAAAUACCCAGGACUAAUAGGCACUUGAUGGUCUUGCUUCAACUUUGCGGAAAUUAAUAUUUUGUUAUCUUGUAACUUCUCUAUGACUAGGUGUUCCUUCUGGAUGAAGCAAUAUUUUUGAACACAAGAAAAUAACUUGAAAUUACACCUGAAAUGUGUGAACUGAAAAUGUUCAAGCCUGUUUUAACAUAUUUCUGAGCAUUUGAAUUGGAAACAAGGACCAUCUAUCUCUCUCUCUCUCUGUGGAUUUCACCAACAAGCAGUUUCAUUUUCAACAUGAGAAGUGUAUUUUCUCUGAACCUUACAGACAAACAACAAAGCUAUCAUGGAAGUCCUUCUACUUGCGGUGGCAGCGAUGAAGACGUUUUCAGUAAAGCUGAAUGGUUUAAUGACCAAUUCCUCAAAGUAGCAUUUUUAUCCAAACCUGAUUCAACUAUCCAUGCCAUUUUUAUUCUUACUUUUUGUAUAAUCAUUGUAGGGAUAGUGGGAAAUGGAUAUGUGGUUUGGCUGCUUGGUUUCUGCAUUAAGAGAAAUAAAUUCACCAUCUAUGUCUUGAACUUAGCCAUCGCUGAUCUUGGUAUGCUUAUAGGUUCAUUGGCUUUCAGUGUCCCUCUAUUCAAUACUGAAUUAAAAGUGGCCAAUGUUCAAAAGAUACAGUGGUUUUUCUGGCAAUUUGCUCUCUGCUCAUAUUCUGUAGGUUUGUAUCUUCUGACAGCCAUUGGUGUAGAAAGGUGUCUUUGCAUUCUCUUUCCCAUCUGGGCCCGUUGUCACCGGCCAAAGCAGCUUUCCAUCACUGUUUCAGUCUUGUCCUGGAUAGUAUCUGCCCUGUUUUGUAUUACUGAAUUCUUGCUUCAUUAUUUUUGUUUAUUAGAUCUUUGGGUUACAUUUAUCAGGAUUAUGUUUGGUAUAAACCUCUUUAUUUUAACACCUGUCAUGGUAAUCUCUACCCUGAUUCUAUUCAUCAAGAUUUCCUUUAGGCAUCAGUCAGGAAAGCUGCAUACUAUCAUACUGAUAAUUCUCAUCUUCUUCAUAAUCACCGCUAUCCCAUAUGGUACUUUUUUCUUCGUGUCUACCAUCAAUUAUAAUUUUCAUUCUAUUGCGGUUCCAGUGUUUAGCUUGUUAGUUAUUCUGAAUAGCAGCAUUAACUCAAUUAUUUACUUCUUUGUUGGGAUACAGUGCAACUGUAGAUCCUUUGAAUCCAUCAAAGAUGUGUUCCAAAGAAUUUUUAAAGAUGAAACAGAGCAUGCAGAAACCAUAAUGACAUAGUGACAAAGCCAAGAUACUUAAAUUUUAAUUCGCUAUCCUUUUUCCAUGUCAGGAGCAACUUGAGAAACUACAAGUCGCUUCUGGUGUGAGAGAAUUGUCUGUCUGCAAGGACGUUGCCCAGGGGACGCCUGGAUGUUUUUGAUGUUUUUACCAUCCUUGUGGGAGGCUUCUCUCAUGGUCCCGCAUGGAGCUGGAGCUGAUAGAGGGAGCUCAUCUGUGCUCUCCCCCGGUUGGAUUCAAACCGGCAACCUUCAGGCCAGCAAUCCAGCCUUCAAGUCAUCAUCCUGCCAGCACAAGGGUUUAACCCACUGAGCCACCGGGGCUCCAUUAUUAACUAUCCUAAAAACCAUUCUAGGUGUUCGGUAAAACUCACUAUCCAAAUAAAUGGCUAUUAACUAUCCUAAAAAUCAUUUAUUUGGAUGUUGGAUUUUAUAAAGAUCCUUGGCUUUAGACUAAAAGAAAGAGGAAGGAAAAUUGAGAGCAGUCUAACAGUAGAAGUGCAAAGACCUGGCUACAUGGCAAUACAAAAUGAUCCCAGGAAUAAAUCACUGAUAUCUUCCUCAAGUUCCAAAUAUCCAGUAUUAAUAUCUCUGUUGUUGCAAACCAGACAUGGGCAAACUUCAGCCCUCCUGGUGUUUUGGACUACAACUCCCACAAUU